GUCUUCUUUAUCCGCACAAACAUUUUUGCUAUUUUGGCUUCCGCACAGCUCGACCAGCCAGCAGGCAGCAGCUCUGCAGCUAAAAUGGAAUGAAGCAAUUUUCUUCUUCUCUACAUUCGCCGCAAAGUCGUCGCAACUCUCUCCCAUGGAAGCCCAACUGGCGAUUCGAACGUCUUCUUACACAGUUUUGUUGCAGAGAACUUGCCCAUCUUUUAGGAAAACCACUUCUAUUAGCUUAUUUUAUAUCAGAAGAAGCUCAUCAGCUAGUGUAUUCUCUCUUUUAAACACGUAUCAUUAUUCUACCUAUUCCAGCAACGAGUUUUACUCUUCUUCGAAACGAAGAUCACGUGGACCAGUUAUCGCUGCAAAGAAAACAGCAGCAGGGAUGAAGCAGGAAGAUGGAAGGUAUAAGCACACAGUUGAUCUGCCAAAGACAACGUUUGGCAUGAGAGCAAACUCUUCAAUAAGGGAGCCUGAAAUUCAGAAACUAUGGGAUGACAACCAGGUCUUUAAAAAAGUUGUAGAUAGGAAUAAUGGGGGGAAAUUCAUUCUCCAUGAUGGUCCACCAUAUGCGAAUGGCGACUUACACAUGGGUCAUGCUUUAAAUAAGAUUUUGAAGGAUAUAAUAAACCGUUAUAAGCUUCUUCAAAACUAUAAAGUUCACUAUGUGCCUGGUUGGGAUUGCCAUGGCCUACCAAUUGAGUUGAAAGUUCUGCAGUCAUUAGAUCAGGAUGCAAGAGUGGAUCUCACACCAUUAAAGUUGAGAGCAAGGGCAGCCAAAUUCGCAAAACAAACUGUUCAGACUCAAAUGGAAUCAUUUAAGCGUUAUGGAGUCUGGGGAGAGUGGAAUAAUCCUUACCUAACUCUAGAUCCUCAAUAUGAAGCUGCGCAGAUUGAGGUAUUUGGCCAGAUGGCCCUUCAGGGACAUGUUUACAGAGGAAUGAAGCCUGUGCAUUGGAGUCCUUCAUCACAUACUGCUCUUGCGGAGGCUGAGUUAGAGUAUCCUGAGGGGCAUGUUUCAAAGAGUAUAUACACUAUUUUCAGAUUAGUUAGUGCAUCUCCAGCUUCAGGUGGUUUGUUAGGGGAAUUUUUUCCAGAUUUAUGCUUGGCCAUAUGGACUACAACUCCCUGGACUAUUCCAGCCAAUGCUGCUGUUGCAGUGAAUGCUAAGCUUCAAUAUGCUGUGGUCGGAAUACACUCACACUAUGAUGUUUCUUUGUCCCCUGGAAAUGGGAAACAAAAAUUUGGAAAUAUUCUGAAGGAGCAAAGAAGACCAUUACUUAUAGUAGCAUUGGAUCUUGUGCCAACCUUAGAAGCAAAAUGGGGCCUGAAGCUUGUCAUCAAGAAAACACUGUUGGGUUCAGAUCUUGAAAACUGCAGGUAUAUCCACCCUAUUGAUAAAAGGGAAUGCCUGGUAGUUAUUGGAGGGGAUUAUAUUACAACAGAGUCUGGAACUGGGCUAGUCCAUACAGCCCCUGGUCAUGGUCAGGAGGAUUAUGUAACUGGCCUGAAAUAUGGACUGCCUAUACUUUCCCCUGUAGAUGAAAAUGGAUAUUUCACUGAAGAAGCUGGACAGUUUUGUGGGUUGGAUGUGCUUGGGGAUGGUAAUGCUGCUGUUGUGAAAUACUUGGAUGAUCAUCUGUCAAUUAUCAUGGAAGAGCCAUACAAGCACAAGUAUCCGUACGACUGGCGAACAAAAGAACCUACUAUAUUUAGGGCAACUGAACAAUGGUUUGCAUCAGUAGAAGGCUUCCGGCAGGCUGCCAUGGAUGCUAUUGGCCAAGUGACCUGGAUUCCAGCUCAGGCAGAAAACAGAAUAUCUGCAAUGACUUCUAGCCGCUCAGAUUGGUGUAUUUCACGGCAAAGGACAUGGGGGGUUCCUAUUCCAGUCUUUUAUCAUGUACAGUCAAAGGAACCUCUUCUGAACAAAGAGACUAUUGACCACAUAAAGUCUAUAAUAUCAGAAAAGGGUAGUGAUGCAUGGUGGUACAUGACAGUGGAGGAAUUACUCCCAGAUAAAUAUCGUGAUAAUGCAUCAAACUAUGAAAAAGGGACAGAUACAAUGGAUGUUUGGUUUGAUUCAGGUUCUUCUUGGGCUGCUGUGUUGGAGGAAAGAAAUGGCCUUGGUUGCCCUGCAGAUCUGUAUUUUGAAGGUACUGAUCAGCACCGUGGGUGGUUCCAAAGUUCUUUGUUAACAAGUGUUGCUACAAAAGGGAAGGCUCCAUAUUCUGGUGUUAUUACACAUGGAUUUGUGUUGGAUGAGAAAGGUUUUAAGAUGAGCAAAUCUUUGGGUAAUGUUGUAGAUCCAAGAACUGUGAUUGAGGGAGGGAACAACCCAAAGGAACCUAGUUAUGGAGCCGAUGUCCUUAGACUCUGGGUUUCCAGUGUAGAUUAUACAGGAGAUGUAAUGAUUGGACCUCAAGUCAUCCGUCAAAUGUCUGACAUAUAUAGAAAACUGCGAGGAACAUUGAGAUACCUUUUGGCAAAUCUGCAUGAUUGGAAAGCUGAAAAUACUGUUCCAUAUGGUGAUCUUCCAAUGAUUGAUCAGUAUGCACUGUUUCAGCUUGAAAACAUUGUUAAGAUCAUCAAAGACGGAUAUGAAAAUUAUCAGUUUUUCAAAAUAUUCCAGAUCAUACAACGCUUUGCCAUUGUUGAUUUGUCGAAUUUCUAUUUUGAUGUUGCCAAAGAUCGACUUUAUGUUGGGGGCACUACAAGUUCUACGAGGAGAAGUUGUCAAACAGUUCUUGCUGCCCAUCUUCUUUCAAUUGUGAGGGUAAUUUCUCCUGUACUGCCUCAUUUGGCUGAAGAUGUGUGGCAGAACCUUCCCUUUCAUCAUACCCUUGACGAUGGAUCCGUUGCCAAAUUUGUUUUUGAGUCAAGGUGGCCAGCAUUGAAUGAAAAGUGGCUUGCUUUUCCUAUUGAAGAAGUUGAUUUCUGGGGGAAAAUUCUUGAGCUGAGGACUGAGGUUAACAAAGUCCUGGAGGUUGCUCGUACUGAGAAGUUGAUUGGUUCCAGUUUGGAUGCAAAAGUUUAUCUCCACUGCCAUGACGAUGCAGGCCUAUUCUCCAGGUUACAUGAAAUGAGUGAAGCUAACAAUGACGCAGAUGAAUUGCAUCGCAUAUUCAUAACAUCUCAGGCAGAGAUUCUUCCCUCACUGGAAAAUGAACUGAUUGAAAAUGUACCGUACACCGGGGAAUGCCUGCUUCAAGGAAGGAACCACAUCUGGAUUGGGGUGUCACAUGCAGAAGGCUCAAAAUGUGAAAGAUGCUGGAAUUACUCCCUUCAAGUUGGCUCUUUCGUCGACCACCCGACCCUUUGUGGCCGCUGUUUCAAUGUUGUAGCUGCUCAACAGCUACCUGCUGCUGCAGCAACAGCAGCAGCAGCAGUCAGCUGAGAAUUGAGACGGGAAAAUCAGAUUGCUUAUGAUUUUCAGACAUUUUUCAAUUACUGAGCUUCAGCCAUCAAGACAGCUCUAUGGAGCUUUAACGCCCUGCAUAUAUGGACUCUCCCAUGGACAACGUUUCCAGAAGAUGAAAAGUUUCCUCACAGGAGUAGUUGGGAGCAUAAUGUUUUUCUAAUGUAUAGCAUGAUUUGUGCGCAUCUUAUUUUGUUCUUUAUGCAUCAUUAAAUUGCCCAAAAUCUAAAUGAUUUACUGUUACAAGACAUUCAUUGAUAGAGCAAAAAAUAAUUGUUUUAUAGGCAA